CAAAACUAACAUUAGCUGAUUGAAUUUCGUGAAUGAAACGGUUAGCUUAUUCGUUGAUAUUAUUGGUAAAGGCCUAAAAGAGGAUGAAAAUUAGAAAUUCAGAAAGAUGCAUCUUUAAGUGGUUAUACAUUCUUAUAACAGUUUCUGUGGUUUAUGGAAGAUACGCCAGUUGGAAAAGCUUUGCUAUUUACACAAACGGUGUAAUCUAUACUGUAGAUCCAUUCGAUGAUGAGUGGGACUUACACCCUGAAGAGGCAAUGGUUGUAAAUGAUCAUACUGGUUAUAUCGAAUAUAUUGGUGAUAAUGCUGGAGCAUUACAAUAUCACACAGAGUUUAGCUAUGUGCAUGAUUUAAGAGGGAAUACAGUGUUGCCUGGUUUUCAUGAUGUUCAUAUGCAUCCUCUAGAAGCUAUGACAGAGCUUGGCGGAGGAUGUUCAGUUCCAUCAAACACACCCCCAGAAAACAUGUUGUAUAAUAUUUCUCAAUGUAAACCACGUAAUGAUGCCACUGCCUGGGUUCUAGGUCAUGGUCAUUCGAUUGAAUAUAUUUUGGAACAUAUCGAUAAUGGCGGAAGGCCUCCGAAAGAAAUUAUUGAUGAAGUCAUGGAUACAAACCCUGUCAUCAUAAUGGAAGAAACUUCUCAUUCUGUAUGGGUUAAUUCCAAGGCCCUGAAAUUGGCAGGUAUUACUAAAGACACACCAAAUAAUCCUGGUGGUAUUAUAAUGAAAGAUGCAAAUACUGGUGAACCGAAUGGAAUAUUAUUUGAAAACGCUGGAAAUGAAAUCAUGGACUUAGCAAUGAAAUCCUUUAAAAACCUAGACGAAAUGAACUAUGAUGCUUUACUUCUUGGUCUGGAGGAACUACGCAUGAACGGAAUUACAUCUGUAUGCGACGCAAGGACUUAUUGGAAACGAAACCAUCACGAAGCUUGGAAAAUGGCAUGUGAUGACAAGGAAUUAACCGUUCGAGCUGUUCUUGGACUCUGGGCGUAUCCUCAUAUGAAUGACGCAGAGCAAAUCCAAAGGUUGAAAGAAUUAUACACCAAUGGUUACAACAAAAAUGAAUGCUUUCUGAAAAUUAAUGAAAUAAAGGUGUAUUCAGAUGGUUUGCUAGAAAGUACAACAGGCGCAAUGUUGAAACCGUACGUUAAAAACCUUCAUCUACCUGGUCUAGAUGAAAACAUUGGCAUGAAUUAUUUUACACAGGAAAGGUUGCAAGUAUAUUUUGAACACUUGCAAGCUUUUGGAUAUGAUAAAGGGUUUGACUUUCAUAUUCAUGCUAUAGGUGACCGUGGUGUAGAAGAGGUGUUAAAUGCGAUUGAAAGAACAAAAGUAAGUGGAACUCGCCACCGCAUGACGCAUUUAGAGAUCGUGAACCAACGUGAUAUUCCGAGAUUUCAGGCACUCGAUGUAAUUGCGGACUUCCAAGUUACCGGUACAUAUACUCUACCGAAUAAGCUAUACAGGAUCGAAAACGUUGUCGGUGAAAGCAGAGCAAAAAAUUUUAUUCCAGUGAAAAGUGUUGAAGAUACAGGCGCUGCUGUAACUUUAAGCAGCGACUGGGAUGUUAGUAGUCUCAAUCCGUUCAUCAGUAUUCAGCACGCAACACAGAGGGGUUCUCAGUCAAUUUCUGUUAAAUCAGCAAUAGAAAUGAGAACAAUAAAUGCCGCGUAUGCCAUGCGACAAGAAAACGAAGUUGGCUUCCUAAGUGCUGGUAUGGCGGCCGAUUUUGUUGUUAUCGACAAGGACAUUCUUAACAUUCCAAUUAAUCAAAUCAGUACAGCAAAAGUUUUGCUAACAGCGUUGCAAGGGGAAAUAAUCUAUCAAUUGGAUAAGAAAUAACUUAUAUUCAAGCAGAAAAGAGUGUACAGUUUUAUUAUUUAUAUGCUGCACGCAUAUCUCCUUCUCGCCCUUACUCACAUUAUAAAAUACGAAUUACAGAUAACUGGAUUUGAUUGGUUAUUUAACAUUCUCCUUAAUAUUCUCAAUUAUUUUGUUCUACUUAAAACGAUACCAUACUGACUCCUUGACGUCCAACAUCUUUACAAAUAAAAUAAAACAAACAACUAACAUUUAUAUAAAUUGAGUACAGGGGCGGAUUCAGGCGGGGCGUGGCGGGCGUGCGCCCCCCCCCCCCCCCUCCCGAAAUUUGCAAAGCAUGGGUUGUCCUCAGCUUAAUAAAGAAUAUUUCGAUAAUUUAACCUCAAAAAAAUGUUCGUGCGAAAAUUAAAGUUUGCGCCCCCUAACCUUAAAUCCUGGUCCCUAGACUAGAAUAAGAUUUUAUCCAAGUCAAAUGUAAAAAAGGUCAAAUGUUAACAAUGCAGCGGAGAGUAUUCACGUGUCGUCAUAUCGUAUAUAUAGCAAUUAAAAUAACAUUUUUUAUUGUACAUAUGCUUUAUUCUAAUUGUUAUUAUAUUCAGUCACACAAUAGACUAUUUUCAUAUUACCGACUUUUGACUCCUGAGUUUAUAUUGUUUCGACAGGUUACCUACUCUGUUGUAAGACAUCCUGGUACUCCGUCAAGUAAGAGCAACGUAAAGAAGUAAAAUUAAGUUUUCAACGGUAUAUUCAAUAGUGAAUAUUUGUAGGAAACUGGUAUAUGUUAUAGUAUAUAAUUAUUAAAAAAAAAAAAACUAAAUAGUAAAUUUCAACCGAAAAACUUUCGUACGCGUUCUGACCUGACAUUUUCUUCCUCAAUGCAGGUCAUGCAUUUUCAUUUUCAGAGGUUGACAGGUAUGGAUAUGGAUGGACACCCCAUAUCCUUUCUUUUCUAUUACUUGUAAACAAACUAAAAGUUUAAAAUGAUCUAUCGCCCAUUAUCAAGUUAAAACGGACAAUUUAAUAUGCUGUUGCUGUGUUUGCUUGAGUUCACUUUUCGUUUUUUGUCGGACCUUCUUUUUUCGAAUCAACCUAGGAGUACUGUAUUGUCUUCAUGUUUUGUUUUUUUUUUCAAUUGGAAUUACAUAAUACAAUGUCAUUGAAUUUUGUUUGCACAGUUUAUUACAUGUACUUAUAUCAACAAUUGUAUUGUUUUUGUAUUCAUUUAUCAAUGUUUUACUAAACCCUAAAAGGUUUGUUAUCAUUAUAUAUAUGUGCUCAGUAUAUUUGGAAAAAUAAGUGGAUCUUUGUAAGAUAUAAUAGAUUGAUUGUUUUUAAUACAUAAUUUUCGUUUGC